GUGGAAAUACCGGGAAAUACAUUAAUAUAGCACAUUACAGCUUUUUCGUUUUUAACCAUGAGCUUGAGAAAUAUUAAUGGCGAGAAGAAUUCAAGUCACGACGAGAAAGGUCUACGAAACGGUGAAGAUUUUUCUGAAACUUUGGAACUAAACGUGUCGAUGGGUUCUAUGCUGUUUGACACAACAAUUGGCCACAUAGAAGAUAUCAUAAUGGAUCCUAAUUUCCAAAUUCUGCGAGAGACUUUCAUGGAUCAAAAUUGUGUUCAUUUUGAAGAUAAUGAGGAAAAUAAGUUGAUUUACAUGGACAUCUUUCAAGAAUACAUCCGUUCCAUUGAAGAUCAUUUGAAAAAUGAGUUACUCAGAAGAAUUCCUGACUUUAACAUGACAAUUUUUCUUAAUGAGCUGCAGUCACAAAGAUAUGAAUUGGAGGGAGAGGUCUUUGAGAUGCUCCUCAGUUUCGGAGACUUUCUUACUUUCAAGCAAAUUAUGCUGGAUCACAAAUCUGCUAAGAUGUCAACAAGUCCCUCGCUAAUUAUUCAGGCGUCUUCUCCUUAUUAGUACACCGAUAUGAGGCGGAUAUA